AAAGGUGAAUUAACUUCUUUGAAAACCAUCAAAUAUGGGCAUUUGUGCUUAAAGGAUGAUUUGAAUGAUCAAUCGAUCAGGAUAGUUGCUGAUCAGUUUUCUUUUACUCCGUUAAUUAAUCGUUGCAGCUCUAGUUUCAUGUAUCUCCUGGAUCGUUUAUUUUACGUGUGUUCUUUUUGUUUCUCCUGGACAAAAUAAGAUGUAUAUGUCUGCCUCGAUGCUUUUGUCUGUGAUCAGGAUUGUUUGAAUCUCCCCCGAAAGUUUAAUGGCCUUGAGUUAUUUAAAGGAGCACUGCAGCGAUUUUAAUAUUGAGCUGAAGUUGGAGGACUCACAAAAGACAGGUUUAAAGGUCCAGUGUGUAACAUUUAGGAGGAUCUAUUGGCAGAAAUAAAAUAUAAUAUUCAUUAGUUUAUAUUCCCCUGAAUAUAGGAAUCAUUAGGUUUUUGUUACCUUAAAAUGAGACGUUUUUAUCUACAGAUGCCGCGGGUCGCCUUCCAUGGAGUCCACCAUGUUCCUACAGUAGCCCAGAACGGACAAACCAAACACUGGCUGUAGGGCCUUUUUGCAUUUUUGUGAGUUUUGCAGUUCUCAGCCCAUUCUCAUUCCCCCGGUCGUCAAACAACAGAUGCGAGAGGUGUUCAGUUAGUUGCCCCUUCACUUUAAGAUGCCAACUAAAUCCUACACACUGGUCUUUUUUUAAAAUGUAUUAUUACAAAAGACUCAAAAUCAAAGACAUCCUGACUCCUAUCGAUCAAACUCCAAAAGCACUGGAUCCUACAUUUCCCAUAAUGCAACUGGAUAGUGUCUUUUCAUCGUGUUUCCUGCCUCUUAAACCCCACAAUGCCCAGUGUAUAAGGCUGGCUUUCGGUUAAAAGUUUGAAAUCACAAGCCCAGGCUGAGAUUACCCCCCCCAUUGUGCUCCAGAUGCAGGGUGAAAUCAGAGAGUCAGUGGAAGAGACCCUUUAAAAGACCCACUUGAGCCUCAUAUUUGUGAUUCAUUGGGAGUUAGAUUGCAGAGGACCGACCGGCCUGUCACCACUGUGUGAUGUGUGAGUGCUGACCAUGACCGCCACAACAUUACGUGUAUGUGUCAUUGAGGCGGUGAAGGAAGAAGUCUAGGUUGUUUUUGUUUUUCUCCACUUUUCAUAAAACAGAUCUACGAUGGAAAGGAACUCAGAAAAUAUAUGAAGUCUUUACACAUCCGACGUUUUGUUUGCACAAUGAUCUAGUUAUUAUUUUAUUUUUUAAUGAAAUUGAUAGUGUCUACAACCUACUUGAUUUUAAGUUAUGAAGGAGAGAUGAAUGUUUUUUUUUUUCUUUCUGUGUGUGUGUGUGUGAACAUGAUUUAGGACUGAAGUGGGUUCUGUGCUUGAGUCACUCGCCAUGUGAAGAACAGAAUGAGGAACUAACUAUUUGUUAAUAGUAUUGUAAACUCACGAGUUUUCAUAAAAGCACUCAUAACCACUUUGCUCUAAUUUAAGCCACACCGGAGGCGUGUACAUUGCAGAGCUGUAGAAUAACUUUAAAGACAAAAAAAUAAAAACCCAAUCCCUCUCCAGAUGUUCCGAGGAUGUCACCGAGGGCACCAGCGCGCCUUUUUACGCGUGAAGGUCAUCCAUCGGUGUCCCUCAAGUGCCGCUGAUUGAUCAGAAAAGCUUUUUUUUUUUUUUUUGGCGCAUUAAAUUAUUCCGCUGGAAGCUAAACUGGUUCAGCUGACCAACGUGGGGACCCGGCUUGGCAUAAUCCACUACAUUGCCAAGGUUGAACUGUGUUUUUUUUUUUUUUUUUUUUUUGCUCUGUUAGUGUAACUACUUGCAUUAUGUAUUUGUAAAUAUGACAACGACAGAUCUCUAAUUGUGAAUAAAGGAAAUUUUAUCACAGGAGUCAAAUCAAUUAUGGAGCAGUUUGUGCCUGGGGGUCGGUCUUUACCUGUCUACAGGCGGAUAUGUUUCGCGGCGGGACACUUUCUGAACGACCUGUGCGCCUCUAUGUGGUUCACCUAUCUGCUGGUCUACCUGCACUCAGUGCUCGGCUUCCAGAGCACCUAUGCAGGUGCGCUGCUGCUGAUUGGACAGAUAGCGGACGGAGUGUGUACGCCUCUGAUUGGGUAUGAAUCCGACAGGAUGCCGGGCAAGAGGAAAAACUGGCAUCUACUGGGGACUGUGUGUGUUCUCGUGUCCUUCCCCUUCAUUUUCAACCCCUGCCUGGCCUGUAAAGACAACACUCCUCCGUGGGCUCAGCUUAUUUACUUCUCCCCCUUCAUCAUCAUCUUCCAGUUCGGCUGGGCGGCCACUCAGAUCUCACACCUGUCCCUCAUCCCGGAGCUCGUGUCCAGUGACAGCGACAAGGUGGAGCUCACUGCGUACAGAUAUGCCUUCACUGUGGUGGCCAAUAUCACCGUGUACACCGUGGCCUGGCUGCUCUUUCACUUCCAGGCUCAGCACAAUGUGGACCCCUCCAUCACAGACAACCUGGGCCUGGUGGACGUCCCUCUGUUCAGGACGCUGGCCGUCAUUAUGCUGGGCACCGGAGCCGUGUUCUCCCUGAUAUUCCAUGUGGGGACAAAAGAGCUGAUCACACCUUCCUCCUCACAGGAAACUUUGUCUCAUACUGUAUUUCAGUGGAAGCAUUGGCUGAAGGAGCCCUCCUUCUACCAGAUGGCUUUCCUGUACAUGUGCACCAGACUAAUAGUCAACUUAUCUCAGACCUACAUCUCUGUUUACCUUACAGACUCACUGAUGUUACCAAAGAACUUCAUCGCCAUUAUACCUCUGGUGAUGUAUGUCAGCGGCUUCGUUUGCUCUCUGGCCAUGAAACCAAUCAGCAAGUUCAUAGGAAUCAGUAUUACCUAUUUGAUCGGCCUGUUGUUGGUGUUUGGCUUCGCUGUCUGGGUGUUUUUGGACGAGAACAUGGGAGCUGAGAUUAUCUAUGGAGCGGCUGUGGUGCUGGGAGCUGGUUCAGCUACAAUCCUGGUCAUGUCGCUGUCCAUGACGGCCAAACUCAUCGGGGAGCAGACGCAAAGUGGAGCCUUUGUUUACGGAUCGAUGAGCUUCACAGACAAGGUGGCUAAUGGCGUCGGGGUCAUCCUCAUCCAGAGCAUCCGACCUUGCAGCACCGAGGCCUGCUGCCCAGACUGCGUUUGGUUUUAUCGUGACAUCAUGGUGACAGUAACCGGGGGCGUCGCCGUGGCUGCAGCACUUGGCCUGGUCACAAUUCUAAUCUGGCCAAUCAGGAUACGGAGAAAUUAGGGUUCAAAACCUCCACUAUCCUCUUUACACUCACUGGUAGUCAUUGUCUCGUACCUGUGUGCACACACACACACACACACACACACACACACAUUAAACAACAUCAACAACAUCAACAACAUCAACAACAACAACAACAACAACAGAGAUUUAGUGACCUACAGUAUUAUGUUUAUGUUUAAAUCCACUGUUACUACUUCAGCAGGAUACAGAGCACAAUUGUAUUCAAGCUCCUCGACGAUCACUUUCUAAAUAUUUUAUUUUGGACUUUAGGAAAGUAAAACCUUUGUUGCUGGACAAGGGGAAAUGGUGCAGAGGAUAAAGCCAUGCUGCCCCCUAGUGUGUGAAUCUGUAACUGCACUGCUUUCCUGGAGGGGCUUUUAAACCUGAUAAUUAUAUUAAACACUCUACGCAACCAGAAAAAGAUCUUUAAAUUGAUUUAAUGUCUAGAAGUAAUGUAGAAAUCGAAAUAACAACUACAUGAACUCAUAAACACACAAUAUAAUGUUUCAUAUAGAUGUCACUCAGCACUUCUAGAUUUACAUUUGUUAAUGAAACUAUACACAAACUGAAUCCAUUUUACACAGAAACAAAACAGAAUUUUGUUUGGUGAUUGUAUUAAUUUCUUUACAUUGUGUUUGUUGUAAACACGGUACUGUACUGUACAUUUUAGUUAGUAACGUUCAAGGAUCUCAAAACCCAUAAAUCAGUAAACUACAAUUAAAGCAAAAAGUUUGUAUUUCACUCUCAA